AUGGUUAUCCGAAAAUUGUCAGUCAUUAUCUCCCUUGUUUUCUUCGUGACAAUUUCACUUGGUUAUCCACAAUCUCCUUCCCUUCAUAACAAACGUACACAAACAUUUAAUCAUGUCUUAUUGAUUUCAAUUGACGGCCUUCAUCAAAAGGAUGUUGAUGUAUUUACAACUUCUAACCCGAAUUCUAAUCUUGCAUCUAUUCUUAAAAAUUCCGUAUAUUUCACAAAUGCCCAAGCUGCCUUGCCAACUGAUUCAUUCCCUGGUCUUUUGGCUCAAUUAACUGGUGGUUUACCAAAGACCACUGGUGUUUGGUAUGAUAAUUCAUGGGAUGGUACUUUCUUUGCUCCUGGGUCUAAAUGUAAAGGCUCCCCUGGUUUGAAUGUGGUCUGGGAUGAGUCACUUGAUGUAGACCAAACAGUUCUUAACACUACCAUUAAUCAAGACCUACUUCCGUUACGAAUUGAUGAAGAGGGUGAAUGUGUAAAAGUUCAACCAUGGCAAUAUCUUCGUGUUAAUACUGUUUUUGAGGUUGCAAAGAAACAUGGUCUUAAAACUGCUUGGGUUGAUAAGUUACCCGCAUACUCGAUCGUUAAUGGUCCUUCUGGAAAAGGUGUUGAUGACUUUUAUGGUCCAGAAAUUGCUAGUUUACCAGACAAAACAAACCUAACUCAGGUUGAGCCAUACGAUAAUUAUCACACCGUAUCCAUACUCAAUUGGAUAGAUGGUAAAACACAUGAUGGUAAACCUUUCAGUGUUCCUAAUAUUUUCGGUGGUAAUUUCCAGUCCCUCAGUGUAGCUCAAAAAUCAUCGUCAAAUGUAACUGGAUUUAUCGGUGGUUAUGUGGAUGCUAAUGCUACUCCAGCAGAUCAAGUUAAAAAUGCUCUUAACUAUAUAGAUGGUAUUCUUGGAAAAUUUAUCAAUGAAUUAAAGACAAAAAAUUUACAUGAUGAUACGAUUAUCGUCAUUUCCGCGAAACAUGGUCAAUCUCCUAUUGAUCGUACGUUGUUUAAGAAAAUCGAUCCACAACUUUUGAAUGACACAAUUGGUGCUGAUAAACUUAAUCAAAUAACAACAGAUGAUGUUGCACUUAUUUGGUUAAAAAAUCAUAGUGAUUCAAAAACCGCUGCAGAUAGUCUUUCAGCUAAAAAAGAUGUUCUUGGUAUUGCUGAAAUAUUUGAAGGCGAUUCACUUAAAGCAAAAUUUGGCUGUGAUCCAAAUACUGAUACUCGAUGCCCCGAUAUUGCUAUUAGGGUCGUACCUGGUGUUGUCUACACUACUUCGAAGAAAAAAAUUGCUGAACAUGGUGGUUUCAACGAAGAUGAUUAUCAUGUUCCAAUUAUAGUUUAUAAUCCCUCUAUUCAACAAAAAGUUGCCAACGAUGCUGUCGAAACCCGCUACAUUGCUCCCUUCAUUCUUUCCGCUCUUGGAUUAGAUCCGAACGAAUUGGAUGCUGUCGUUAAAGAAAAAACUCCCACUCUUCCAGUUUUUUAG